UUUCAGUUGUCAGUCAAAAAAUAUCAGUGUCAUAAAGUUUCAGUGAUCUAAAUUUUUGUAUCGGGUAUUGUGUGUUCAAAUGUGUUUGGAUCAUGGCUUCUGUUGGGAAGUUAUUCCUCUUGGAAGUGCUUGUGUACAAAAUUCAUCUCCAGCCAAAUUUCGAAAAUAUCCCCAAAAAGAAUGAUGUAGCAUUCAAUAUCAGAUUUUCUGAUAUCAUCAAUAGCAAUAUCAUACCAGAAGAUUUCAAACUUCAGGGAGGUGAAAUGGACGAAGGGCUUAUCAGUUCACUCUUGACCAUCAACAUGGGCAAGACUUGCCUGAUUGUUCACAAACCCAAAGACUUGGUGUCGGAAUUGAGGCGGUGUCCUUUGGAAGUGGGUUUCCAAAUCAAGAGAAAAACGAUUGGAACAGCCUUGAUCCCUUUUAAGACGGAAUUCGCCGAUAUGGUUAAUAUUUACGAGUCCAUAGGAGUUGUGAAGUCUGUGGAAUACAAUGGCAUUUCUGAUUUGAAAAAGACACCCGAAGAAGAGAAAAUCGGAACUAUCGAGAUAUUCCUUCGUAUGUCUUGUUAUGGUGAUAAUAUCGAUACAGAUUUCCGAUGGUUUGAAGUUACCAAUGAAUAUGUUUUCAUGGAGCCGAAGACUACUGCAACAUUCAAAAUUGAAAGUUUUGACUUGAUGACCAACACCAACGUAACUCCGAUAACAAGCCUAUACAACCCAGCCGUUUGCACCCCCGUUAGUACCACUACCAAGCGAUUAUCUUGGACCGAACUUUUCGGUGGUGGCAAAAGCCCAGGCGUCAAACUCAGUGUCGCUCCCAUCGGGCUGGACGAUUGCCCGAUCCACAUGGACAUCAGCAGGAGGCAAUCCAAAUUACAACACACUAUAUCCAUGGGUAGUGCCUUCGAUGUCGUUUCUUUGGUGUUUCGACCGCCGGAAAACAAAUUUUUCGAUUUUCUAAAUAUGGUCUCAGCCGAAGUGACUACCAAAGAAGACGAGACCACUGUGACCUUGUCAGUAAGCAAAGAGAACAUGAACAAAAAGCAAUUGCACAUUCAGGACGAGGUUAUAUCUUACGAUGUUGAAAAACUGAAAAAUAUCAUUGUCAUGGAUGAAGACGAUGAGGAAGAUCCCGCAUUGGAGUUGACCGCUGAUAAAAUCGCUAGAAAGCUGUGCAAAAACAAGGAUUGUCCUGCAGCAAAGAAAUUCAAGGAGUAUGGAAUCGGACCACUUGCUACUGGAAAAGGUCUUGGUACUUUAUACGGCGACGUAGAACCUCCCACCACAUACGGAUUGAGCCACACUUACGGCACCUUCGCCAAUUACGGUCCGUAUGGUGUGUUCAGCAGACCGAAAUCUCCCGAUCAACCAUUCAUUCCACCAAAGAAUGCCCUCGAAACGCCGAAACCACCUUGCUCUAACAGAAAAGAGAAAACUUGUAGGCAUGGCGUAAGAAGAUUGAGAGGUGGUGGAUUACCAAAUGAUGCUUUAGAUUCUUCCAUGCCGAGCUGUAAAAUCCUCCGCUUGAGAGGGGGCGGCCAGUUAGAAAUCGAAGCACUUCCGGGACCGAAAUCGCCCUUCCUCGAAUGCAAACCCGUCAUGGACCAAUUCGACCAGAUCCUGGCCGCCUACAAGAAGGCACUGGGCCCUUGCGGCCAGCCCACUUGUCCUCACGCACAGACCUUGGCCGAGGCUCAGUGCGAGAAGUACCUUGAGAUGACAGGCAGAGCGAUCAAGAAAGGGCCUCCCGAGAAGACUGACAGCGUAUCUUGUCAAAGUAUACCUUGCACCAUGGAGGAGUGUCCUUACAAAGAAAACAAGAACAGGUUUCCAGCCGGUUGUGGAUCACCGAGGUGUGCUUAUGCCGCAUAUAAAUUGGGCCUGGUAGAUGACGAUGCUGCUAUUGAACUUCAAUUUCUACCUCCUGCUGUUUCUGGAAAAUGUGGUCACCCAAAAUGUGAAUACCCUUUGAAGCCUGAUUUACCUCCUAUACAUUGGGAUUGCCCGGACCCCCUACCAAAAGGCAACUGUAAGAAUCUGAAUUGCCCAUUCCUGCCGCCCGAUCUCAAAGUGAUGAAAUGCAAAGUUCCUAAAAAGGGACCUUGUGGUAGCACCUCCUGUCCAUACGCUUUACCCCCUCCGUGCGAUGUCCCCAGCUGUCCUUUUCGACAAAAGCCAUGCCCUUUCCUAGAACAACAGCAACAAGGCGACAUGAAAGCCUCGUGCUCCAUGAACUCCAAAGAUGGCGAAAUUUGUGAAAACCCAGACUGCCCCUUCGCAAAUAAUGGUGACGAUCAAUCUGCAUGCUUCCAAGACGAGAAUUUGAAGGGAGAGUUCCAAACUUGCGCCAAUCCUGGUUGUCCUUUUGCUAAUAAAACUGGGAACGGGAAAGGAGAUGAUGCUUGUAUAAAUGUCAAGUGUCCUUCAAAAAAUAACAGAAAAAAAGACAAUGAUGCACGCAAGUCCAAGAAGAAGUCUACCAGCAGAAACUGUGACAAUCCAGACUGCCCAUUUGCGGAUUCCAAGAAGAAGAAAAUUGUACAAAAAAAGAGUAGCUCAGUUUGCGAGAAUCCCGACUGUCCUUUCGCCAAGAAAACGUUGGAUACAGAAAAUACAUCGAAAAGCAGUAGCCUUUGUGACAACCCCGACUGCCCUUUCGCGAAGUCAUCGCAAAACACCACCCAGAGCAAUCUUUGCGCGAAUCCCGAUUGUCCUUUCGCCAACAAAUCCAGUACGAGUUCGUCCACUAGCAGCUCAGAAAAAUGUUCCCAUAAAUCCGCGAACUGUGAAAACGGAAGUGUUUGCUCUAACCCGAACUGCCCCUACACUGGCAUCAAAGAAGACCCCAUUUGCAACGAUCCGUUUUGCCCUUACUUGCAGCCCUUGCCGUCUUGUGGCGUUCGGAAUUGCCCUUACGAACCGGUCCCGGGGAUCUAUUGCCCCAGCCCCAAUUGUCCAGCUAUGUCCGUUGGUACGGUACAGCAAUCCAAGAGUCUAAGGGAGCAGAGGCAACAAGAAAGAAAUAGUACGAGUAACCAGAAAUCAGGAGAAAAUGUAGUAGGCCAAACAGAUAUAGUGUUAGAAACACAAAUGUCAGUGGUUCGGAAAAGUAAGGAAGCAGUUCGGGCUAGUAAGGAGCAGCCAGAUAGUAAGGAGCAGCCACAGGCUGUAAAAGGAAAUGGGAAUGGAAAGAAGAAGCGCGGCAAGUUUGUCUAUUCCAUGGGGGACAAGUAUCCUGGGGUCAAGGUUGGCCAUAAGGAGUGUGUGACGCCCAUGUUCAAUGUGCCACCUAAGAUGGGGUGGUUGUGGAAUAUUCACACACCGAUUUUGAGACUGAAACCGAGAAGGGGCUGGAAACCGGGCGCCAUCGUGAAGACAAUAGCGCAGCGCAUCAGGGCGCACCGCCAACUCAAAGGCCUGGGCAUGCUGCACGUGCCCAAGUUCAGAAAGAACGUGGGCGGCUCCGAGUCCGACCCCGAGGUGAACGUGUCGCCCAAGCCGACUUUGCACAUCCAGAAGAAGGACGGCGCCUACUGGAUCACGAUGAACCCGCUGAAGGACCCGAAGACGCUGGCCGAGAACGAGGAUCCGUACAUGGAAUGCACGCCGAUGCAGUUCAAGAUCACGAAGAACAAGAACAAGCCGAAAGACGAUAAUGAUGAAGAUGGCUCGAGAUUAUGCUGCUGUGAACCCGAAGACGAAUCAUCAUCGAGCGACAGUGAACUGGACAUAGAAUUCACCCCACCGGCCGGUAUAAUCCACCCAGAAAGGUUCAAGAAAAAAAAGAACGUCAUUCACUGUGAUACCCAAUAUAACCCUGAUGAUUUCGAGGUCAAGAAGGAUAUCGCUAAGGGGAAAAGUAAAUCUCAGGAGAGUCAAAAGGGUAAAGGAAAGGAGAAAGGAAAGGGCAAGGGAAAGAAAGGAAAGAAGUGAUUGGAUGAGCAACAUUGUUCAUCAUGAUAAUUUAUUGCAGGGAGAAUUAUUUUGUUUCGUUAUCUCUUUUCAUUGUAAGGUGUCACUAUUUCAUUAAAAUUGGUGUACUUAUUGUUCAAAUAAAUAUGAAAGCUUGUCUUAAUAUUUAAAUGUUUUUUGGUGUUUUAAUUCUUAUUAUUUUCAUCAAAGAUUAUCAGAAUUUCGC